CCAUGCUCAGCUUGUUUUUUUUUGUUGCAGUCGCACCGUGCAUGUAGUGUGAACCGUAGAAGUGGUGCAAUAAAAGUUUAUUGUUAUUGUUCGGCAUAAGGUUGGGCUAACGCAAAUCGUGCAUCUUUCCUUCCCGUAUGGCUGCGUAUGUUAACCGUACGAUAUCGAUGAUGGCUGGCGACGGGCCGCACAACGUCGCGACGCUCAACAAUGGCAAUGUCCGCGUCAAUAUGCCAAAUGUUGACUCCCCGUUGCAGAUAUUUGUAAGAGCUAAAAAGAAGAUCAACGAUAUAUUCAUUGAGAUUGAUGAUUAUGUUAAGGAUGCAGUCACUUUUAUGCACGCGGUUUCGGGUGAAAACAAGAUUGCAAGUGCACAGGAUGUUGCCAACAUUGAAGCGUACGUCAGCAAGGUUCAGGCCAUACGGGAGGUGCUCAAACGAGAUCACAUGAAAGUCGCCUUCUUUGGCAGAACAAGUAAUGGUAAGAGCACAGUAAUAAAUGCGAUGUUGCACGACAAGAUCUUACCGAGUGGCAUCGGGCACACCACCAACUGCUUCCUGCAGGUGGAGGGCUCCGACACCGACGAGGCCUUCAUGCGCACCGACGGUACAGAGGAGAAGCUCAGCGUGCAGUCUGUGAGCCAGCUGGGACACGCGCUAUGUGCCACGCGGCUGCAGGAGUGCGCCCUGGUGCAUGUAUACUGGCCCCGGGAGCUGUGCGCCUUGCUGCGGGACGACGUGGUGCUGGUGGACAGCCCCGGGGUCGAUGUGACUCCCAACCUUGACACCUGGAUAGACCAGUACUGCCUUGAUGCUGAUGUCUUCGUCCUCGUUGCUAACGCCGAGUCCACACUUAUGGUCACUGAGAAAAACUUUUUCCACAAAGUGUCAACGAAGAUAUCACAACCGAAUAUAUUUAUAUUGAACAACAGAUGGGACGCUUCUGCUUCGGAACCUGAAUACUUGGACCAGGUGCGUACACAGCACGCCAACCGGUGCGUGGACUUCCUGUCCCGCGAGCUGCGUGUCUGCUCGCCCAAGGAGGCCGAGGAGAGGAUAUUCUUCAUAUCCGCCAAGGAGGCGCUGCUCACGCGCAUGAGGGAGAGAGAGAAACCCGUCUCAUCGCCGGUGCUGGCUGACGGGCACCAGGUGCGGUACUUCGAGUUCGUGGACUUCGAGCGCAAGUUCGAGGAGUGCAUCAGCCAGUCGGCUGUGCGCACCAAGUUCGCGCAGCACUCGCGCCGCGGCAAGAACAUCGCCGCAGACGUCAUGGCAGCACUGGAACUGGUGUACAACAAGGCGACAGACCAGAAGUCGUCUCGUGUGGAGAAGCAGCGCGUGCUGCACGAGCAGCUGUCGGCGGUGGAGGAACAGCUGACGGCCAUCACGCGCCAGAUGAAGGACAAGAUCGGACGCAUGGUCGAGAGCGUCGAGCACAAGGUGUCGCUGACGCUGAGCCAAGAGAUCCGUCGCCUGUCAGCGCUAGUGGACGAGUACGAGGCGCCGUUCCGCGCGGAGCGAGGCGCGCUCGACCAGUACAAGCGGCAGCUGCACCGCCACGUGGAGGCGGGGCUCGGACAGCGGCUCAAGAAGCGUCUCUCCGCUGACAUCGGACAGGAAAUGGACGCCGUGCAGAAGGAGAUGGCUGAGCGCAUGUACAACAUAUUACCUGCGCACAAGCGCGCGGCCGCCGCCAACUACAUAGUGCCACACCAGCAGCCCUUCGAGGUGCUGUACCGCCUCAACUGCGACAACCUCUGCGCUGAUUUCCACGAGGAUCUGGCCUUCCGCUUCUCGUACGGCAUCACCGCGCUCAUACAGCGCUUCCAGGGAAAGAACACCAACAAGAUCGCGCUCAAGAACCCGCCCCAGUAUACGCCGAUUCCGCCGGCGGUGGGUCCGGGUGCCCCCAACAUGGAGGUGGUGGGGCGCAAUGGGCCGGCUGCGGGGGGCGGCGGGGCCGGGGCCGUGGGGCCGCUGAGUGCGGAGGAGUGGGGCAUGGUGUCGCGGUUCGCACUGGGCGCUCUCACCUCGCAGGGCACCAUGGGCGGCCUGCUGCUCUCCGGGCUGCUGCUGAAGACGGUGGGGUGGCGCGUGGUGGCGCUGAGUGGCGCGGUGUACGGCGCGCUGUACCUGUACGAGCGGCUGACGUGGACGGCGCGCGCGCAGGAGCGCCUCUUCAAGCGCCAGUACGUCGCGCACGCCGGGCACAAGCUGCGCCUCAUCGUCGACCUCACCUCCGCCAACUGCAGCCACCAAGUCCAGCAGGAGCUAUCGACGAUGUUCGCGCGGCUGUGCCGGCUGAUCGACGAGGCGACGACGGAGAUGGACGGCGAGCUGGGCGAGGUGCGCGCCGCCAUCGCCAUGCUGGAGGACGCCUCCGCCGCCGCCAAGCGCCUGCGCAACAAGGCGCACUACCUCUCGCACGAGCUAGAACUCUUCGACGAGGCCUUCCUCAAGCACAACUAGCACAACUAGGCCAGGCAGCGCCCGCGCUUUGCGUGAUACUAGACAAUUGGAGAGGGGUAGCGGAGAGGGAGCGGCGCUGCGUCUUGGCUACCUAGUGCACUGCGAGGUAUUUCAUAGAUCAGGCUUUAAAGUGACAAAUAUAAUUCCUAUUGUUGUUUAAAUGUAGAUUUUUCAACAAAUUUCUUUUAAAUUAAGUAAAGUAUAAAAACCAAGUUUCAUAGAAAUUAUUCAUCCUUAGCAGAUUUAUUUCAGAGUGAAAUUUUGUUGUAUAUACAAGGAAAUGUCAAUCAUCAUGAUGAUUUAAUGAAUCUUUUUAUUUAGGAGUAAAUUUGCUAGAAAACGUUUUUCAGUUACAAAAUUAUUGGAUUUUUCUAGAAAUUUAGUAACAAAUUUAAAGUCUGUACUAUGAAUACAACUCGAAACGACAGGAUUAAGACCUAAGUCAAGGCGACAGGUUUGUGAACUAAGUCAAGGCGACAUGUCUGUGACCUAAGUCAAGGCGACAGGUUUGUGAACUAAGUCAAGGCGACAGGUUUGUGACCUAAGUCAAGGCGACAGGUUUGUGAACUAAGUCAAGGCGACAGGUUUGUGACCUAAGUCAAGACGACAGGUUUGAGGUCGACCACAGACGGCACAUUACUGAUAAGAGAGAAUUGGACAAGUUGUUAGAUAUGUUAUUUGCAGCCGCGGAAGGUAAACAUUUAUGUUUAGAUUUUGUACAAUUGUAUAGUAGACUUUAAGUACAGUCGCGUGCAAUUUUUUUUCUGGUAGCUAAUUUGUAAUGCAAAUGUUACUUGAAAAUGUAGGUCUUUAAGAUUUUUGAUUUUGUCAGAAUACAAAUGAAUAUAAUACUAUGAAAAUAAAAUGUUUUUGAUUGUAAAAAUGUUGUACGCGACUGUACUGUGUAAAAUAGUUUUUGUUGUUGUUUAUUUAUUAGUUUGCAAGGCAGGAUAUGGUAUUGUUGACAUGUUGAAUUGUUGUAGUUUUUUUUGUCGCUUUUUUGUGCAAUUUGUGAGUAGUUUGAAUGUUUACCUUCCACAAUAGGUGCUAUUGUUUGCUUGUGUAAAUGAUGUAUGUUUAAAACUAUGUUGUUUUGUACUGGGAUUACGUAGUCCUUAAGUUUGUCGUUGCGUCUCCCGCUAGUUAGCAAACUUGUUAUGCAUACUAAGUUUUUUAUAUGUAUUCCUAUGGAGAUAUGUAAUAAUUGCGGGGUGACGCGAUGAUUGCCACCAGCAAUAGUGACCAAAAUCCCGCGUUAUAUCCUCAGUAUUUAUAAAUUAACGAAUUUCAAAUAGGAGAAUUUGAAUAUAUUGUUACGUCAAAGGUCUUAAACGGGGCGAUAAUCUGUUGUAAAUAAAAUGACCUUUGAUGUUAAUUUGAAUAUUUAUUAUGUAGUAGUUUAUUUAUAUUUAUGGUAAACGCGAUUUUCGUGUUUGAAAUGCUUGUGAAUGCCUACUGGGUUACCAAAUGCGAUAUUAUUGUAGGACAGGCUAUGAGUGGUGACUGUCGCUUCAUUAGAUCGAUAUUAUUGUUGUUUUACAUAAAAAUACCGUAGCCGACUGUGUUUCGGUGGCAAACUGUGUUUCGAUGGCCAACUGUGUUUCGUUAGCUAACAGUGUUUCGGUGCCCAACUGUGUUUAGAUGGCCAACUGGAUCUUGCUGACUAACUGUGUUUCGUUAAUCUUAUCGAAGUUAAACAAGGUUUCUUCAAUUGGUAGCGCAGUCAACACUUGUAACCAAGUAGUUAAUAUUGUUUCACUUUAAGUUUUACGCUUUAUAAAUUAAAUUUUAGAAAUUGGAGCGUUUGUUGAGAAUACUACUAAAUUGUAAUGAAGUAAUACAUAAAGAAUAUAAAAAUGUUAGGAACAGGAAAUCAUUUGAAAUGUUUUAUAGUAUUUAUAUUGUUACGAGCUAAUCGCAACGUAUAUCACAAAUAUGGCUAAGAGUUUUAUAAAAUGUGUAUCUUAGUUUUGCGUAACUAACAAUUGACAGAUCCUUUAUUUUUUUACACAAA